AUGUCAUACAAUAACAGAAGCGGAGGGGGAGCAAGUGGUGGAUAUAGUCGACGUGGAUAUCAUGGAUCUCACCGUGGAGGAUAUAGAACAGGUCGUUCCAAGUAUCCGGAAGACAGGUACCUUGUUGGCGGGAUGCUAUCUCUUAACAAAGGAUCACAUUAUGAAUCAAGUGAUAACAGGUAUAUUCCUAAUGAAAUCGGAUCGAAGUCACCUGAAAACAGGUCUCAUAGAUCAAGUACCAAGGAUGGUAGAACACCAUCUGGACUAAGUACGCCCUUGUCUAGUAGCGACAAAGUAUCAACACCCAUUUCGAUAGAACUGAUUAAUGGUUCAGACCGCAACACUGGGGUGAAUAAUAAAGAUUCUGAAUUUCCGAAACUAUCUCACCAUUCAGAUUUCACACUGACUAUUCCAUUUUCAAGAUCAAUAAAUCCCCAGAAAAAUUUCAUGGUCAUAAAUGAUUCACAUACACCGAAAACUGAUAAAGGUAUACAAUCUAAAAAGAUACGGUACAAUGGAGAAGGUGUGAACCAUGUAUCCGACCCUAGAAUAGCUCAAUCGAAUCUGAAUUUGCAAAAACCGACCAAAAAAACUAAAAAGACACCAUAUAAGCAAUUACCUCAACCAAAGUUUGUGUACAAUAGUGAUUCCUUGGGACCAGCUCCAAUGUCAACCAUAAUAAUAUGGGACUUGCCAAUCUCCACAAGUGAACCUUUCUUGAGAAACUUUGUUUCUAGAUAUGGUAACCCCUUGGAAGAAAUGACGUUUAUAACUGACCCCACAACAGCUGUACCUCUCGGUAUUGUUACCUUCAAGUUUCAAGGGAAUCCCCAAAAGGCUUCUGAAUUGGCGAAAAAUUUUAUCAAGACAGUCCGACAAGAUGAGCUCAAAAUUGAUGGAGCAACAUUAAAAAUAGCGUUAAAUGAUAAUGAAAACCAAUUAUUGAAUAGAAAGCUUGAAAGUGCCAAGAAAAAAAUGUUACAACAACGAUUGCAAAGAGAACAAGAGGAAGAAAAACGACGUCAAAAGCUUGUGGAAGAACAGAAGAAACAAGAACUUUUGAAAAAGAAAGAGAAAGAACAUCAAGAGUCUGUUAAGAAAGAAAAAAGUGUUGAACAUGAAAGUACCAUAGUAUCAACCAGGGAUAAAAAUUUGGUUUAUAAACCAAACUCUACAGUUCUUUCCAUGAGACACAAUCAUAAAAUCAUUCUGAGUGUGAUAUUACCCAAAGAUUUAGAGAAAUAUAUUAAAAGUCGACCAUAUAUAUUAAUACGUGAUAAGUACGUCCCAACAAAGAAAAUUUCGUCUCAUGAUAUCAAGAGAGCAUUAAAGAAAUAUGAUUGGACAAGAGUUUUAUCAGAUAAAUCUGGGUUUUUCAUUGUGUUUAAUUCUCUUAAUGAAUGUGAAAGAUGCUUUUUGAAUGAAGACAACAAAAAAUUCUUUGAGUAUAAGCUCGUCAUGGAGAUGGCAAUUCCAGAAGGUUUUACAAACAACAUAAGGGAGAAUGAACUGAAGUCCACAAAUGAUGUUCUUGAUGAAGCAACAAAUAUAUUGAUAAAAGAGUUUCAAACCUUUUUGGCAAAAGACAUAAGAGAAAGAAUCAUAGCACCCAAUAUUUUGGAUUUAUUGGCACACGAUAAGUAUCCGGAAUUGGUUGAAGAAUUGAAAUCCCGAGAGCAAGCAGCAAAACCAAAGGUUUUGGUAACAAAUAAUCAAUUAAAAGAAAAUGCUUUAUCCAUUCUUGAGAAACAAAGACAACUUUUCCAACAGAGAUUGCCUUCAUUUCGAAUGUCACACGAUAGAACUCAACAGCAUAAGCCAAAAAGAAGAAACAGUAUUAUCCCCAUGCAACAUGCCCUUAAUUUUGAUGAUGAUGAGGAUUCCGAGUCACACUCUCAAUCAGAAUCUGAGGAUGAAGAUGAAGAUGAAACUACUGCAAGUAGACCUCUCACUCCUGUGGUACUGACAAUGAAAAGGGAAAGAAGUUCUACAAUCACCAGCAUAGAAGAUGAUAUAGAGCUUGAGGAACGUGAAAUCAAAAAACAAAAGGUUAAAGUGCCAGCUAUAGAGGCUGAAAUAGCUCCAGAGAGUAGCCCUGAAGAAGGUGAAGAAGAAGAAAAAGAGGAAGUUGAGAUCAAACAAGAAGCUGAAGAGGUUGAUAUUAAAUUCCAACCAACCGAAGAAUCACCAAGGACUGUUUAUCCAGAAAUUCCAUUUAGUGGUGAUUUCGAUUUAAAUGCAUUGCAACAUACUAUAAAAGAUUCAGAAGAUUUGUUAUUAGCACAAGAAGUGUUAUCUGAAACUACUCCAUCAGGGUUAUCAAAUAUUGAAUAUUGGUCUUGGAAGAGCAAGAACAGAAAAGACGUACAAGAAAUUAGCCAGGAAGAAGAAUACAUAGAAGAACUACCGGAGAGUUUACAGUCGACCACAGGAUCUUUCAAGAGUGAAGGGGUCAGAAAAAUCCCUGAAAUAGAGAAAAUUGGAUACUUGCCACACCGCAAAAGAACUAAUAAACCAAUUAAGACUAUUCAGUAUGAAGACGAGGAUGAAGAAAAGCCCAACGAGAACACAAAUGCAGUACAGAGCUCACGUGUUAAUAGAGCUAACAAUAGAAGAUUUGCAGCUGAUAUAACUGCCCAAAUAGGUUCUGAAUCCGAUGUGUUGAGUUUGAAUGCUUUGACCAAACGUAAAAAACCGGUCACUUUUGCCAGAUCUGCUAUUCACAAUUGGGGGUUAUAUGCAAUGGAACCAAUAGCUGCAAAAGAAAUGAUUAUAGAAUACGUUGGAGAACGUAUCAGACAACAAGUUGCCGAACAUAGGGAAAAAAGUUAUUUAAAGACUGGUAUAGGGUCGUCGUAUCUUUUCAGAAUCGAUGAUAAUACAGUCAUUGAUGCAACUAAAAAGGGGGGAAUUGCUAGAUUUAUCAAUCAUUGUUGUAGUCCAAGUUGUACGGCAAAAAUCAUCAAAGUUGAAGGGAAGAAAAGAAUAGUCAUUUAUGCUUUACGAGAUAUUGAGGCAAAUGAGGAACUUACUUAUGAUUAUAAAUUUGAAAGAGAAACCAAUGACGAGGAGCGUAUCAGAUGUCUUUGUGGGGCACCGGGAUGUAAAGGAUAUUUAAAUUAA